AUGGGUCGACUGAUUCCACGCAUCACUGUCUAUAAUUGGGCAAUCGUGAUGCUGCUUGCUACUGGCCCGAUGGCGUGCGGUUAUGCAAUGUCGUGUCUCAGUGGCGCGAUCGGACAGCAUGGCUUCUAUGUGUCCAUGGGCUACACUGACGACCCCAGUGACCCUGAUUAUAAGCGCACGUCACAUUUCCUCAGCGCGGCCUCUGGGACUUUCAUCGGAGGUGCCUCAGUAGGGGCUGUUAUGGCUGCUUGGGCUGCAGAUGCGUUAGGCCGAAAACUCAGCCUGCAAUUGACUACACUGGUCUAUAUGCUCGGUGGAUCACUGCAGAGCGGUGCUGUCAACCCAUCCAUGUUUCUUGCGGCGCGGUUCUUGUCUGGCGUUGGUAUGGGCUCGCUGCUUGCAGUAGCGCCAAUGUAUCAAGCUGAAGUCUCGCCCCCAGAAUCACGCGGAUUCAUGGUGGCAAUGACUGGCUUUAUGUUUGCGAUUGGAAAUUCACUUUCUUGCUGGAUCAAUGUCGGCACUUAUUUCAGGGGUAUCAGUGAUCCCGAAUCAGGCUUCGCGUGGCGGUUCCCUCUUGCCGUCCAACUGUUACCUACCUUUAUCUUACUGCUAGGAUCACCUAUUCUCCCAGCAUCGCCGCGGUGGCUCAUCAUGAAAGAGCGCCACGAAGAGGCCUCGAAUAUCCUACGCCAGCUACAUGGUCAUUUAGGAGAGCAAGCAGACGAAUACGCAAAACGCGAAUUCAGUCAGAUGUCCAGGCAGAUCGCUUUCGACUCCAGUGUUUCAAAACGAAUCGGGCGUUUUCCUAUUAUUCGGACAGCUUCCAACCGAAAACGGGUUUUCCUGGCUUUUAACUUGCUUUGGGGCACGCAAUUCCUAGGCCUAACAACGGUCGGAAUCUACGGAGUCUUGGUGUACCAGCAGCUGGGAAUGACGGGGCCUGUGCCAUUGAUUCUGCAGGCGAUCUGGGUCAGCAUUACAAUACCAGGAAACUUCAUCAACGCAGCCCUAGUCGACAAAGUUGGGCGUCGCCCUUUGCUCCUGAUCGGCACAUGCGGCAUCCUCAUGUGUGUGAUACUGAACUGCAUCCUUCAAGGCUUAUACCUAGAGCCUAACUACAGACCAGGGCUAAAGGCAUCUAUUUUCCUCACCUUCUUGAUGAUCUGCUUCUGGUGCACAUGCAUAGAUGCCACUCAGUUUGUCUAUAUCUCGGAGAUAUUCCCAAGCUAUAUACGUGCACAGGGACAGGCAGUCGGCACGUUGGGAUUGACACUGUCAAAUGUUAUCCUCCUAGUCGCCGCUCCAAUUGCCUUGGAUGCUAUCCACUGGAAAUUCUAUCUCGUCAACAUCUCCUGGACCGUGCUGUUUAUAAUCACAAUCUUCUUCCUCUACCCCGAGACCAGUGGGAAGUCGAUCGAGGACCUCAGUGCUACCUUUGGGGACACCGUGGUCGUCAGCUUCGAAGACGCUGUUUCAGAGGAUAAAGUGGAGGUGCAAGGGGAUGGCAAGAUAUCGAUUUAUGAUACAUAUCAGCAAAUUGAGAUUUCCAAAUGA